UCGAAGGCGCAGACAAAGAAGAAAGUAGACCCGACUGCUCGUAAGGGCAAAGGCAAGGCCAAACCUACUGAUGAUAUCGAUGCUGAACCAUCAAACCGCAAGGCGCGGACGUCAAAGGCAAAGCCACCCGAUAAAUCCAAAGUCAAAGCCAAAUUAGCGGAGGCGCCUCAAUCAGACGACGAAGGCACCCUAGUGGAAGCUCCCCGACCAAAGGCCCACUCUAAACGCAAGCCUGUUAUCGUCACAAUCGAGUCCGAUGAUGAGGACGUGCCUAUGCCUAACAAUAAACCUGCAAAUGUUGAGCCUUCCGCGAUUCCGAAGCCUUCCGACAAGCGGCCCUCCACCAAAGAUGCUCCACUCAAUCGCGCGCAAGCCAAACAACGCACAGAGAAUCGCAAGGAGCACUCAGAUGAAGGUAACAUUCUUAUAUAUCUAUGAAACGCUGCUAACAUCAUCUGAACACCUGCAUUCAACAGCCCAGCCGACAGAUGCUUCUCGGACGCGGAAGCGUUCAAAGUGGACGGAAGCCAAUGAGGAACCUUCAAACCCAAUGAAAACAAAAACCUAUGGAUCUCUGACCGUAGAUAUUCCCAUGAAGAAGACUCCCACCAGCUCCAAGCGCAGUGUACCUGCUGACGAUGCCGGCAGAGAUGCGGAACAGCCCGUCAAGAAAGUUAAAGUUGCCAAACACCAAAGCGCUAAAUCUAUGCCUCUAUAUAACUCCAGUGCGAUAUCGAAACCUGUUGCUGAGGACCCUGCUGUCAAGAAACCUCUUUCAGCUAUGAAGAAAGAUACAAAAAGGAAGAAGGAGCGCCCACCGGAAUCCGAUGACGAAGAUCACAUGCCUAAGAAACCUGCUUCAAAGAAGGCAAGGUUUGAUGAAGAACAGAAACCAGGUGUGCAAAUUUCCUCCGAGAAACAGAAAGAGAACGCCCUUCCAUCGAGAAAGCCGAGGACUGGGAAGCUCAAAUCCAAAUCCAGAGGUCCCCCCAAGGAUGUCCUAGACCGCAUUAAGGCAAGCGCUACAUUGCAUCGAAUUGACGAUAGCGAGCCAGAUCCGCUUGACUGCUUGUCAUGACCGUUAUUCGCUUGCGAAUAAAUUUGCAUCGCAUAUCGAUUAUAUAUGUACACUUACUAACACGCUAACCAACCUAUCUUUGUUGUCAAUCAUUUUCGCUU